UCGUCGCAGAAUAAAACUUCGGCCAAAAAUUAGUUGUCCCGGUGGAAUCUGUAUUUUUCAGUGUCCAACAAAACACACAACCGACAAUCGUUGUUUUCGGGGUUUUAUAAUUAGAAUAUUAUAAUUUUGUUUAUUCACGAAUAAUGUCCGAAGAGAAACUUAAAAGCGAUGAUAAAAAUGAUAUACCAGAGAAUCAUUCGAAUGAGGAAAAAAUGAAGCUCAAAUUGGAAGACAGAACAAAACCAAAACCAAAAUCUGAAGAUAAUAUUGUUGAUAAAAUAAAUGGAAGAGGAAACGGCAGUGAUUCUGCCAAUUGUUAUUGUGGAAAGGAUAGAAAUCUCAAUAUAGCAGAACUCUUAUGUGCCAGUUGUUCUCGAUGGUUCCAUGAAUCUUGUAUUGGGUAUCAGCUAGGGAAUAUUGUUCCAUUCAUGAUGAACUAUGUUUUCAUGUGCAAAAACUGUUCACCCACUGGCUUAGAGAACUUUAAGAAAAAUCAAGCUCCUUUCCCUCAAAUGUGCGUAACAGCCAUAGCGAAUCUCCUUCAAGAUGGACAGAAAGAACCAGAGCUUAGGACAUUCUUUCAUAAGGACAAAGAUAUCAUUCCUUUCAUAGAAUGUCACUGGGAAAGCAUGACAACAAUGCCUCGCAGAGUCACUCAGUCAUGGCAUGCUACGAUACACCGAGCGCUUCUCAAAGAUGUUGGUACACUAUUCACCAUGGAUGAAAACAACACAGAUGGCCAAUUGUUUGGCUUGACGACCCCCGACCUGGUUCUGAUAAAGCCGAAUUACGAGGCUAUGAUCAAAGGAGGCCAUUUGAAAAUCACAGAAAUGGGGAUUCAGCAUGUUGCGCCUCUUGGAACCGGACUUCGUGGUCGGAAUGCGAAGCGAAAAUUCCCUGGCGAAGGGACAGGUGCGGGACCGGGGAAAAAAGGUCGAGGUUCCGAUAUGUCCACUCCGAAAUUACCGGCUCACGGUUAUCCGCUCGAGCAUCCGUUCAACAAGGAUGGUUAUCGUUAUAUCUUAGCCGAACCCGACCCGCAUGCUCCUUUCAGACAAGAAUUCGAUGAGAGCAGUGAUUGGGCAGGAAAACCAAUACCCGGAUGGUUGUAUCGAGCCCUCAGUCCUAGUACAGUAUUAUUAGCUCUUCACGAUCGUGCACCUCAACUUCGAGUCUCGGAAGAUCGUCUUGCUGUUACUGGAGAAAAGGGAUAUUGCAUGAUAAGGGCAACACAUUGUGUGAAUCGUGGUGCGUGGUAUUGGGAGGCCACGAUAGAGGAAAUGCCUGAAGGGUCUGCAACUAGGCUAGGCUGGGGACAAGAAUAUGCUAAUUUGCAAGCCCCUCUUGGUUACGACAAAUUCGGCUACUCUUGGAGAUCUAGAAAAGGAACGAAAUUUCAUGAGAGUCGUGGGAAGCAUUUUAGCUCCGGAUACGGUGAAGGCGAUACUCUUGGUUUUCUCAUCAUUUUACCCGACACUUACGAUGCCACGCAUAUACCCAAUACUUACAAAGACAGGCCGCUCGUCAAAUUUAAAAGCCACUUGUACUACGAGGAAAAGGAUCAGGUCCCGGAAGCUUUGAAAGCUUUAAAACCUCUGUCCGACAGUAAAAUAAUAUUUUUCAAAAACGGCCUAUCACAGGGCAAUGCCUUCAUUGAUCUGAAUCGAGGAGCCUAUUUUCCAACUAUAUCAAUUCACAAAAGCGCCACUGUUUCCGUUAACUUUGGACCAAAUUUCAAAUACGCCCCAAACGAUUUGUCCUAUCGAGGAAUGUGCGAAAAAGCUGAGGAGGCAAUGUCAGAACAAUCAAUGGCCGAUAUGCUGUAUCUUUCAGAGAACGAAGGAAAAUUGAGACUAGACACUUUUUCUUUAUGACAUUAAUACCUAUUUUCUGUUCCACACUUUAUAUUUUGUUCGAUUAUGAAUUUUUUUGAAAUUCAAUCGUUCUUAAAAAAACAUUUUUCAUUCACGAUUUAACAAUCAUGAAAUAAAAUACGAGAAAUGUAAAAUUUUGUUUUUUUUUUCUUAUUUCAUUAUACACUCAUCAGUUUAUAAGUUUUAUCUUCCAAAUCCACCUUUACAUGCUGGACUUGACUCCACUGUCUUUGUACUAUCUUCCCAUUGCGAUGGAGUUUUUGCCUUAACAAAAAAGAUAUUAAGAUUCAGAAUGAUGUAAAAAAUGAUUAUUAGGAACAUACAAAAUCUUUUAUAUCCGAUUAUUUUCAAAAUGGUGGAGGCAUGAAAUUAUAAAUGAAGAAAGCCAAAAAAAGGAUAUGUGAUUAUAGAAGAAAAUAAAUUACAA